AUGUCCACAGAAGUUUGGGUGGACCUAGUGGAUUUCUCCUCCACCCUAGUUUUCUUAGACCUAGGGUGGAAGGGUUCAACAAGAGGGAGGAUCUACAUUCGGCUGAGACCUGACACUGAGCUGGCCAGACAGUUCAUGUGGUUGAGUACUGGACAGAAAGGUCCCUCAUUCCUCCACUCCUGUCUCUUGGGAAAAUUCAACCAUGGCAAAUACAAUGAGGUUUUAGCUGGCGGAGACUACGAGAAGAACAAUGGGCAGGAGGCCACACUACUGCCAGGGAUGGAUGACUGCAAGGAGUACAAAAGGGCUGGCAAGCAGGGGAUGGUGACAUCACGGUACGGUUCUUCAUCUCCCAGCAGUGCCCAGUUCUUCAUCUACACCAAAGACCCAUCAAAUUAUACUUUAAGUAAUGUGUUUGGUCAGGUGGAGGAAGGGAUGGAGGUGGUGGAGAGAGUAGCCGCGUCUUCAUACAUAAAUGAAAUGAAAGUGGUUGACUGUGGUGUGGUGCCUCUUAAUAUUGGUGUGAUUAUAUAG